AACCAAAGAUUAACAUCUGGGAUUCUUCUUUCUCCUUUCAUUCCGACAUCUUCGUCAUCCUCUAUUCGAAAGAGGUCCAAUUCCAAAAUGGCUCGGACCAAGAACGCAACGGUUGUUCCAACCGAGCAUGAAGCAGACCCAGUACUAGGCGAAGAAGAAGAAGAGUUGCCUAGAGAAGAUCCCGGUAAAGAGCCAGAAGAUUAUGAAGAAGCGGAGCAAAAUUCAAUGGAUUCGGAAGAUGAAACUGAACCACUACGACCAUUGAAGAUCGAUAGGUUCUCUGGAAAACAUUUUGGUGCAACCGGAACAGUUACAUAUGCGAGAGUGAAGGACAAAUUACUCUCCAUGAAGAAAUCUAACCCUGACCGUUUGAAGAUGGCUGUCCUAUAUCUCUUAUGUAGUGUGAUCGUCGGGAAGAGAAAAACUGGACCACUAGCAGAUCCUGUGGAAGACUUGUUUCUUAGAGCCGUGGAAGAUCUAGAAUGGUGUAAAACGUUCCCAUGGGGCCGAUUUGCAUUUGAACAUAAUAUGAAAGAUAUUUUUCAUCUCCUGGACCACUUUGAUGGAGGAUUGGGCGCACAAUGGGUGUUUCCUAGCUUCGUGAUGCCUUUGGAGGAAAUUGAGAGUAUCAUGCUUCCUAAUCCUUCUGAAAAUGAACUUUUGCGUCGAAUAAUGGAUAAUGAGGAUGGAUCAGAUGAUUUUGAUGAUGUGAUUGUUAAUGGUUGGACAAGGCGUAUAUUUAAGGUUCACAAGCAAAUUUGUUUUGAGGAGCUUCAUAAUAUAGAUGUUGGUAACCGUGUUAUGGAGGAAAGUCAAGAGAAUGCAGUUGUGGGUGGGGUGAGAGUUAGUAGGAGAAAGGUUGCUCCGAAGAAGGUGAGUAAAAAAGGAUUGGUUGAGCAGCUACAAAAACAGUUGGAAGAUGGUUUUAGGAGAAUAAAUAAGAAGUUUGAUGGCUUUGAUAAAAGACUCAAAUGUGUGGAAUCAGAUGUGAAGAGUUUAAAAGAAGCUAGCGGGAAAGCUAAUGAGUUGGAUAAAAGAGGUGAAGAGAAAGUUUCUGAGUUGGAAGAAGAUGAGAUCGAAGAGAGUGGAGGUGAAGAUAAAGAGAAUGCGUCUGAGUUAGAAGAGGAUGAGAAUGGAGAAGAUGGAGAGAAAGACAAAGAGUUUGAAGAAAAUGAUAAUGGAGAAGAUGGGGAGAAAGACAAAGAGUUGGAAGAGAAUGAGAAUGAUGAAGAUGGAGAGAAAGACAAAGAGCUGGAAGAGAAUGAGAAUGGAGAUAAUGGAGAGAAAGAAAAAGAAGGUGAUUUGGAAGGGAAUGACUUGGAUGGAGAUAAAGAGAAAGAGAAAGAAGAGUCAAGUGAGAAGAGACAGCAGGUGAAGAAGACGUACGAGAGAAAGAGAACAAGGAAAACAAGUGCAGAAGAACAAGAAGAAGAGGUUCAAGUCGGAAAAAAGGCUAAGGUGACGAAGAAGAAGGUGGAUCCAAAGAAGAAGGUGGAUCCGGUGGAUCCGAAGAAGAAGAAGGUGGAUCCGAAGAAGAAGAAGGUGGGUGUUAUGGUUAGGAGUCCGAUUAUGACAAGGAACAAGAAGAAGUAAACUCUUUAUGUGACAUCUUUUUUGUUGCUUUUGGUUUGUGUCAGGAUUUGUUAUGUGGAUGUUUAGGUAUCUUUAUUAUGUAGGGUAACUGCGGCAUUUUGUUUAACU